GCUGAGGAGCACAGCAGCCUCCCUCCCUUCUCCACUCCUUGUAACUGAAGCUCGCUCGUUCCACGAGGAGCAGCCCUCGCCGAUGAUCGCGGAGCGAGCGGCACCCAGGAAAGCACUUUCACCACGGACCCCACCUCCGGAGCACCGGCGACGCGUCCGCUGAGUCACCUGCGGUCGGUGCCCCCGCUGCACGGGCCUCAUGUCUGCCACCAUGGAUACUGAAUCAACCUAUUCGGGAUAUUCCCACUACUCAGGUCACUCCAAAAAAGCCCACAGACAAGGGAGCCGGGACAGGCACAAAUCGCCGCGAAGCAAGGAUGGCAGCCGCUCCGAGAAGUCCGUCACUAUCCAGGCGCCGCCUGCGGAACCACUGCUGGGGAAUGAUGCCUCUCGGACAGAGGAGGGCCAGGAUGACAACUGGGGUGAGACCACAACAGCCAUCACAGGCACCUCUGAGCACAGCAUUUCCCAGGAGGACAUUGCCAGGAUCAGCAAAGAUCUGGAGGACAGCGUUGGCUUGGACUGCAAACGUUACCUGGGCUUAACUGUGGCCUCUGUUCUUGGACUCCUCGUCUUCCUCACGCCCGUCGUCUUCAUUCUCUUGCCCCAGAUCCUGUGGCGGGAUGCCCUGGAGCCCUGUGGCACUGUGUGUGAGGGGCUCUUCAUCUCUGUGGCGUUUAAACUCCUCAUUCUCCUCAUUGGGACCUGGGCUCUGUUCUUCCGCCAGCCCAGGGCGGAUAUACCCAGGGUGUUUGUGUUCCGGGCCCUCUUGCUGGUCCUCAUAUUCCUGUUUGUGUUCUCCUACUGGCUCUUCUACGGUGUUCGCAUUUUGGACUCGAAGGACACCAACUACCAAGGGAUAGUGCAGUACGCGGUGUCUCUGGUGGAUGCCCUGCUCUUCAUCCACUACCUGGCCAUCGUGCUGCUCGAGCUCCGGCAGCUGCAGCCCGUGUUUGCUGUCAAGGUGGUUCGGUCGACAGACGGAGAAUCGCGGUAUUACAGCCUGGGACACCUGAGCAUCCAGCGGGCUGCACUGGUCGUUCUGGAAAACUACUACAGAGAUUUUACAGUCUACAACCCAAGCUUGUUAACAGCCUCCAAAUCCCGUGCAGCCAAGCACAUGGCUGGCCUGAAAGUCUACAAUGUUGAUGGGCCGGGUAACAACGCGUCGGGGCAGUCGCGGGCCAUGAUCGCGGCCGCUGCGCGCCGCAGGGACUCCAGUCACAACGAGCUCUACUACGAAGAGGCCGACCACGAGCGCCGCGUCAAAAAGCGGCGCGCACGGCUGGUGGUUGCAGUAGAGGAGGCUUUCACUCAUAUCAAACGUCUCCAGGCAGAGGAAGAGCAGAAAGCUCCGGGAGAGAUGAUGGAUCCCCGCGAGGCGGCGCAGGCCAUCUUCCCCUCGAUGGCGAGAGCUCUGCAGAAGUACCUCCGCACCACCCGGCAGCAGCAGUACCACAGCAUGGAGAGCAUCUUGCAACACUUGGCCUUCUGCAUCACCAAUAACAUGACACCAAAGGCAUUCCUGGAGCGUUACCUCAGCGCAGGCCCAACCCUCCAGUACGACAGGGAUCGCUGGUUUUCCAAGCAGUGGACGCUUGUUAGCGAGGAAGCGGUCACAAGCGGGCUGCAAGAUGGAGUUGUUUUUGUCCUCAAGUGCUUGGACUUCAGCCUUGUGGUUAAUGUGAAGAAAAUCCCCUUCAUCAAACUCUCAGAAGAGUUCAUAGACCCUAAAUCUCAUAAAUUCGUCCUUCGCUUACAGUCCGAGACUUCAGUUUAAAGGGUUUUGAGGGUGGGUUUUUUGGGGAUUUUC